AUGGUUUACUCAGUCUGUUUCUAUCUAUCUAUCUAUCUAUCUAUCUAUCUAUCUAUCUAUCUAUCUCAGCCUGUUUCUAUCUAUCUAUCUAUCUAUCUAUCUAUCUAUCUAUCUAUCUAUCUAUCUAUCUAUCUCAGUCUGUUACCAUCUAUCUAUCUAUCUAUCUAUCCGCCUUCUGUUCAUUAUCUAUCUAUCUAUCUAUCUAUCUAUCUAUCUAUCUAUCUAUCAUCCGCCUAUGAACAAAGGAAUAUUGCCUGCCACUCAGGCAGCACAUCGAAAUCUAUCUAUCUAUCUAUCUAUCUAUCUAUCUAUAUAUAUAUAUAUAUAUAUAUAUAUAUAUCUAUGUCAACCUUUUCAUAUCUAUCUAUCUAUCUAUCUAUCUCAUUCUAUUCAUUCUCUAUCUAUCUAUCCAUCUAUUCAUAUCUACCUUUGUCAGCUUUCUAUCUCUCUCUCUAUUUACAUCUGUCUGUUCAUUAUUCUAUCUAUCUAUCUAUCUAUCUAUCUAUCUAUCUAUCUAUUCAUUUUCUAUCUAUCUCUCCAUCUGUUCAUAUCUACCUUUUUCAGUCCAUCAGCAUUCUACCUCUCUGUCUCUCUAUCUCAGUCUGUUAA